GUUUGCCGGUCUUUACCAAUAUUGCCAGCCUUUUUGGCUCAGGCCGCAGCCAUGUCUUUGGAAGAUCGGUUCCAUCCUUUGGCACCAGCGCAUCCUCCUGCGGCUCCAGUGGCAGAUAGCCUUUUGGUCCCCAGGUUGGACGAUGCACUGGGGAAUUUCCGUGGGUAUGGAAAGCGAGAACGACGUCGGCGUGAACAGACACGGAAGCUGCGAGAGUUCUUGAAAAAGCAUCGUUUCCCAGAUGUGAAUGAGCCGCAGCAGUUCCACGUGACGUUCUGCAUUCUUCCGCGACGGAAGGAGGAACUCUACCCGAUUCACAUGGCUGCCAGGCUUGGCGACUACGAGAUGUUGAGGCUUCUUCAAAAGGCUGGUGCAGAUUCAUCUCAAAAGACCUCUCUGGGCCGCAGCGCCCUGCAGUUGGUGGACCAGCAGACGGAGCAAUUUGAACACAUCAGUUUGUUGCUGAAUGGCCAGCUUAUGCCUGCUCCAGCUCGAAUGCUUAAAUCUUUGAGUGCAUCAGAUGACAGCAUCAGCAGCUGAUCGCAGUUGCUCUCUUUGCCUUCUCAUCUCCACCGCCAUUUGACACGGCCGAAACCUUGAGGGUAUGCUAACGCAUUUUCCACUUGGGCAGAGUCCACCACUUUGCAAAAGAAAUGGGUCUCAUCAGCAAGUUACUAGCUGUUUGUGGAAUGGAUGGCAAUGGCCUGUGCUUCUCUGGUUUCGACCUAUGAUUUCACAGAGGCGACAGAGCCGACAAGUUGCACCCGUCCAGAGCAACUUCAUGGUCAAGACUGACGCU